AUGCUACUCAUUCUGCUGCUAGUUUUAAGCUUUGUUGGUAUUGUGACGGCUGCAACGGAUCCACCAACAACUGCCCCAGCACCGCCUUGCCCAGAGAAAUGGAAAGAGAUUGGAUCGAUGUGUUAUUGGUAUUCUGAUAAUGUUUUUCGGCCAUGGUCUGGCGCUCAAUCGUUUUGCAAUGACAUUGGUGGGAAUCUUGCGGGAACAACUGAUAAAACGCUUGCCGAUGUGGAAAAAUUGAUCAGCUCAACAUUGUACACGACAUGGACCGGAUUAAACAAAAUCAACGCAACUAAUUGGCAAUUUGUGGAUGGAACUCUUUUCUUGGCAUCUCAAUGGAGCAAAGGUGAACCCGGUGAUGGACGGGGGAAUUGUGGAGCGAUUCGUUCAUCGCCCGUCCCCGACAAUAAUGGAUACAUCGCUCUUGGCUGUCAAUACUCUCAACCAUUUCUCUGCUCACAGAAAUUCGCCUCAUGUCCGGAUACAAAUUUCACGUCAAUCAAAGGAUCACUCACCUCACCAAAUUACCCGGAUAACUACGCGAACAAUGAGUAUUGCAUUCAGAGAAUCAUUGCUCCAAGCGGAUAUUUCAUUGCGCUCACUUUUGAUGCAUGGAUUGUGCAAAAAGACAAAGACGCCGUUUUGAUUUAUGACGGUUAUUAUCCAAGUGCUGCUGCAAACUUGAUGGCUACGAUAACCGUUGAUCCGACGAACAGCACCCUUUCUCCAUAUCCAAACUCGUUUCAAACAAAGAGCAAUGUGAUGUCAGUGAUCUUCAAGUCAGAUUCUCUCAUCAACUACAAGGGAUGGCACGCGAAUUACCAAUCAUUCACUCCAACCGAUCCGGGUUAUCAAAAUGGGACAUCUGGCACGUUGACAAGUCCAAAUUAUCCGAACAAUUACCCGAAUGAUGUCGAACAAUAUCAAUAUGUCACAACGGCGAAUGGAACACAAAUCCAAGCCACCUUUAGCUCAUUUGCGGUUGAAGGCCUUUAUAAUGACUAUUUGUUGAUUUUUGAUGGACCCGAUCAGAAAUCGCCGGUGAUUGGAAACUUCUCCGGGCUACUCGCCGGUGUGCCUGAUUCGGUGAAAACGAGCGGAAACGCAAUGACACUCUACUUUUUCACGAAUUCGCUCAUCAACUUUAAAGGAUUCAGCCUCGAUUGGACAAUUGUU